AAAACUGCGAGGGCUCUCAAUAUAGUGGUGUUGUCCCGCCUCUGAUCAGUAUAAGGCAUGCCGCGACGCUGCGAACACGUUCCUAGCCAAUAGCCCAAAAAAAUAUAAGUAGAAGUAUUAAUAUCGAACUCUGUUAUUAGUUCGUGAUUGACUAAAACUGUGCUGGAGUGUUUUGCAGAAGGUUCGAGAGCACCGCCAAAAUGUCGAGCCGACUUGCAACAGCGCUGGUCGUCGUGUCGCUUGCCGUGGCCGCUUCAUCCAUCAGAUGCUGGAAGUGCGGACAGUACAGCGACGGCGUGGGCUCCAUCACGCCAUGCAGCAAUCGAAGUGCUGCUAGAUUGGACGAAUGCCCUAAAGACUCCAAGUUCUGCAUUAAAUACGUGAGCGAACUGACAACUGUUCGGGACUGCGUGCCGACCUGUAGCGAGAAAGAGUGGUGGGGAGCCCGCACGUACUGCUGCGACAGUGACGAAUGUAACGGCGCGAUCACAUUGUCCGGAAUAAACGCUGCGUUUUUCUUUGCACUUCUGUCGGUGAUUAUCUUCGUGCACUGACCUAAAUGGGCGAAACGAUUUAUUUCUUCUUAACGAAACCGAAUGUUCAACUUAGUUUUUAAUUAUGUCUAGUUCAUUUGCUUAUUGUUUUUCUGUUGACAAAAUUCCAUUUGAUAAGUACAUAAUGUUUGCAUAUAUCAAAACUUUGGUUACCAUUGUACAAGGAAUCCUAAUUUAAUCGGAUACCAGCUGAUCUCCAUGAUUUGUUUAUUUGUCAACAAUUAUUUAAUUGCUCAUUUAAUUCACUUACGAUUGAGUGUAUGAUUUUUUUAAUUCAAAUUCAAAUUCAAAUUCAAAAUCAUUUAUUUCAACUUAGAUGUCAGUCAAAAAAAUUAUAAUAAUAAUGAAAAAUUAAAGGCCAGGAGCGAGCGCCUCAUUCCCACGUAGUGCCAUCUAGUAAAUAAUCCUUAACUUUAUAAUAUGCCUUGUUGCACAAACGUUCCUUAACAGUUUUCUUAAAUCUAUGAACAGGUAGUAGUUGAACGUUUAGUGGGAUCUUGUUGAAAAGCUGUACACCCAGCCCCCUAAAAGAGUUGCUUAUUUUCUUAAUUCGAGCCGCCGGCAACGCAAGCCUAUGUUUGUUCCUAGUGUUCAUAUUGUGCAAAUCGCAGACUCUGGGGAAUUCUUCAAUGUUUUUACGCACGUACAAUAAAUUUUCAAAAAUGUAUUGGGACGCUAAAGUUAGAAUUUUGAUUUCCUUAAACUUGUCCCUCAAGGAUUCCCUCGGGUGCAUAUUUUAAAUAGCACGAAUAGCCCUCUUCUGCAGGAUGAAAAUCGUUUCGACAUCGGCAGCAUUGCCCCAUAGCAAAAUGCCAUAGGACAUAACACUAUGAAAAUAACUAAAAUAAACCAGGCGUGCCGUAUCUUCAUUAAUAUACAUUCGUAUUUUUUUUACCGCAAACGCUGCAGAACUAAGCCUACUCGCUAACUUGCAUAUGUGAGGACCCCACUGCAGCUUGGAAUCAACUGUUAUACCAAGAAAAACUGUCGAAUCCACAAGCUCCAGUGUC